AUGAUAUAUUUGGUCAUAUAUGUAGCAUCAUUCUCUCGAACCAUACACGGUGGAUCAACAUCAUUAAUUGAAUUGAUUAAAAAUAUUGAUUUGUAUCGUCAAGCCUCAAUCUAUAUCUCCUCUUCAUCGUUUUCAACGAAAGGAAGAGAAUAUGUUUCUCGGAUGUGUUCUUUACAACGUCAAAUUACUUUUAAUUAUCGAGAUGAUGUAACAAAUAUGAAACUAUAUCAGAGAAUUCCAUUACCAUCACCUGAUUUCUUCAUUCAAUGGCCAAGUUUAUCUCAAACUAAUACUUUCUUUUAUAAAACAUUAUUUAUUGAUAAUGUACGUUUUAGUGGUGAUGAUUUUACAAUACAAUGA